AAUGUGUGGCAGCAGGGAGAGAACAAAAAGUCGGAAAUGCUUCUGUUUGCUAAAUUUGAAUCUACAAACAAAAGAGAAAUACACUUUUUGAGUAUUCAAAAUAUUUAUUAUUCGGGUAAAAUAACUGACGGAUGAAGAAAUGCUUCCUCUGUGUUUCCUCAGUCUCUGUAGUGACUUUUUAUCAGCCUGUGAAUACAUUGAUUUGACUUACACAGGUGUCUGCACGCCUUAAUGCAGGUUUUGGUCUCACUUGUUUGUGGUCUCGUUUCGUGUGAGUGCUCGGUCAGUUUAGAUGCCGUUAUAUCUUUGACAUCGUCCCCACCCAAUGUUCCUCUUUGCAAAUGAUGGUUUCUUCUUCUUUUUUAAUGAUUAAGGAAGGCUAACUUUCAUUUUUGAGACUUCUCUCUCAUUGCCACACUGCAUUUUUUUUUCUACUGAUGCAUAGCACGGAUCUGUGUUCCUAGAAGUGCGUCAGUAAUUUCAUAAUACAGCGUACAGAAAAAACAAUGACCAAAGUAACAGUGUUACCUAAUGAGAUGUAUUAAUUUUUAAAAGUUGUUUCUGUCCACUACAAACCUGUUGCACUAUGAAAUAUCCUAACAAGUCACAUCUGAUACUGCUGCAGUUUUUGUACAUUUCAUCACUUCGAGGUCAGGAGGCAGAAAAAAUCAGAGUCUUGUCUGAAGUAAUUGGAUAUGUUGGCCAUGAUGUCAACCUGCCAUGUCACCUCACCACUAAGACAAAAGACAACAUUACUCUGGUUGAGUGGAAGCUCGAGAAGCCAGGAGAUGAAACGAUUACCAUUGUUGUUUCUCACGGUAGCGAAAAAACUUUUGCAAACAAUACAUCUCUGAAAGACAGAGUGAAUAUUUCAGAACAAUCUUUGAUCAUUCGAGAUCUGAAAAUGGAGGAUGCAGGGUCCUACAGCUGCAUCCUUGCAACCUUUCCUAGUGGUAAUUUGAAAGGAACCACCAAACUUGUCGUGCGAGAAAAGAUGAUGCUAUCAUCAGGGGUGAUCUCUGCCAUAGUGAUCUCUGUCGUGCUGCUGUUAGUGAUCCUGACAGCUGUAGCUUAUCUCAUCUUUAUAAGAAGACUGGGUUCUUUUGUCAGACACAGCGUCAUCAUCGAUACUGAAGGUCCAGUCAGGGAUGUGCUCCGGCCAUCUGUUCUUGUCAGAGAGCAGGAUGUGGUCUAUGCUGACGUCAAGUACAAACCAUCCAGAGUAGCUGAACCUUCAUCGAAUGACAAAUAUGCAGAGGCGGUGCAUGAUGAUGAUGUCACAUACUCCCAGGUUGUAGUGCCACGUCGAUUGCCUGAUUGAGAUAAAAUGUGAGCUGCAGUUGAUGUUGAAGAUCACUUUUUGUGUACUUGCAGCAUUAAGAGCAAAAAUAAAUGCUGCUUAUACUGCUGUAUGAGAAAUGUAACAUUUACCAGAUUUUCAUACUGUUUAAAAAAGGGAACAAAUAUGUACUGUACAUGCAGAAUAAUCACAAUGAUUAUAAGGUGUUAAGCACAGAAUAACAGGAAACAUUUGGUAAAAAUCCUAAGCUAAAAAACUUCCCCCAAAGUUGUGUUUGCGUUGGGACUAUGAACAUUAGCAGACCACAUGAACAAGUCAGAUGAUGAUUUUGUGACCAGACUGAAGCUUGUGGUUGAGGAGUAAGGCAGAAGCAUAUCUCAAAAUAACAUCACCAUAAUUCCGUUCACGCAAUAAGACCUCUUUUAUGAGUCACUUUAUCUUAUAGGAAGAUAAAUAGUCUUUACAGCCAAGCUAAAAGCUCUGUAACGUCAGACUUCAUCAUGUUAGCAGGCAAAUAUUUUUAGAAUUAGUUCUAAAUACCUGAACAACUGAAGCCAAUGUGAAUGUCUUUAGUUCUUUUGUUCAGCAGGUAUUUUGACAAAAGAAAUGUAGAGAAUUAUUUUUUUAUUUGGAAUGGAUGAUGGCAAAAGAUGGGCACCAUUCAUUUCUGUAUCUUAGUCGUGAUAAUUUAUGGACAAGUUGUUGAGAUUCUUGACAAAGCGCUGACAUGUGGGAGGCUCUACAGUAAAAGUCUGAGGGCUCAGAUGAUUGAAUGGCCUUACAGUGUAUCCUCUGGGGGCAUUUAUCAUCUUACUGAUAAGUCAGUAAUAAACAACAAUUCAUAACCUCCAACAUGUCAUCAAGGGGAAAAAAGUAUUUUGAGCUUGCCACACUGUGCUGUAGCCGAGAGGUCCCAUUCAGACAGGAACUGUGAAAACAUUAUUACCAUGAGAGAUUUCAACCAGGUUUUUGUUCCCCUUUUACAAUCUGAUAACCGUCAAAGCUGCAAGACUGAAAGGGGAACAAACUUUGCAUGACACACUCAUGUUACGUGUCAAAAAAGGCACGAGCUGAACAUGUCCAGUGGAGGUAAAGGGUUUAUCAGUCUGAGGGAGAGUUGGUGUGGUUGUGUGGUUGUACUGUGUCACUUAAUUGCCUCUUUCCUGAUCCUGCUUUAUUCCUCAGACUUAUGUUAUAAUGCAAUAACUUCAAAUAAAAGAUACAGAACACAUAUUUUGA